AUGCGCACUAUAAUGCCGUUCGCCUCUAACCCCCUCCACCUCCAGAUGUCGCCUACGCAGACUACGGAGGCUCGCGAGCACAUGCCAACAAGUCUCAACCCCCAGGAGCUGUCGCGCUCUGCGUCUCCCCAACAAUCCAAUCUCAGCCUCCUAGUGACACACUCUUCUAUACCCCCCAGUCACCAACCGCCACCGUCGUCGGAGCCAUCUGUUUCCAUCCAGUCUAUCCUCUCGAAUCCCGCACCUCCUGUACUGCCUCCCAAUGGCCAGCCCCCUCCUUGGAGCGUCUCGAACGCGUCUUCGCGCGAUACUAGCCAUGCCAUCGCCGGUCCUUCGUCGAGCUCGGGCGCUCCGCAGCGUACCUCUACCAAGCGGAAGCUUGAGCCUCCAGAUGCCGCCGACCCGCACAACAAAAUCAGACGCGUCGUACGCGACCAUAUCACGCAGGACCCCGCACGCGUAAUGCCUAUGACUACCGUGAUCUGUCUGCACGCAGCUGUCGCGCAGAAGUCCUACGGGAGCGAAAAGCGAUUCUUGUGUCCCCCGCCCGUCGUGCAUAUCGAAGGGCCGGUUUGGCAGAUGAAGCAUCAACACCUUUCUAUGGCUGUCGUAAACGAAGGAGGCGAGCGCACGUGCGAGCUCAAAGCACCCAUGGACCACGCGCUCACUGCUAGCUUCAAGUUCCUGCACGUUACUGGCUCUGCGAAGAGCAAGAGCUUUCAGCUAUCUCUCGACAUCGCCGAGCCGUCCCCUAGCGCACCAGAUGGCGGUGAGGCCACUGGCAACGAAAGGGUAUGGGCGUCGUUCGAUUCGGCGCCCGUCACCAUCAUCUCAAAGCCCUCAAAGAAGACCGCGAAGACGCGCAACAUCUCAUCAUGUAUACUGGCUGGUGGACCUGUGUCGCUCUUCAACCGGAUCAAUUCGCAGACUGUACGCACCAAAUAUAUGACCAUUGAGCACAACCAGCUGUGUGCAAGUAACAUUGCCUGGUCCGCGUUCGCUGUAAACGUCGUGCGUUCUCAGGGUAGCGAGAAUCCACUUGGGGGUCCGCAACCGGUCACAUACGGCAGUGAGAUCGUCCUUGCGGAUACUGUCACGGGAGUGCAGACUGCGCCUUUGAUCAUCCGGAAGGUAGACAAAGGCCGUAUAGUCCCCGAUGACGGCGGGCCCGUCAGUCAAAUGCAGAAGAUCGCGCUUCAGCGCGUUAACGGAGACGGGACGCGACAUUACCUCUCCGCAGCGGGUCCAAUACCCGGCACGCCCGGUGUGACCGUGCCGCCCGCGCCUGGUCUGUCAAAUCAGGCGGGGACUCACCCACUGCUGUUCCAGAGUCCUAGGAUACGUGAGGAGAUGAAGGAUGGCGCCCGAGUCAUCACCGAUGAGGUUGACGACUAUCUCUGCUGGACUAUUGUUGGCAUUUCCAAGUUCCAGUAUACCUUCUUCGACGCGUUUGGUUUGAACAACAGCGUCCCCGAAAUGCCCAUCACUCCCUUUCCCACCCUAUUCAACACUCCUGUAUACCGCUCGCAGAGCAACACUCUAGAAAUGAUGGCAGCCAACUUCUUCUACAUGGACCCCAAGACCAAGACUCAGAUGCCUCUUGACGUCUACAUUGGCAACAUUGGCCCUCUACGGUUACGAGUCUACAAUCACUCUCCUCUCACCAUGGAUGGACGCUUCGACCCUGCUAUGCCAUUCAUCCCAGUUCCACCUCUGCCCAACCAACCCCCCGGAGUUCCUGUCGUGGCUUCUGAUAUCCAGUCACGCGACAACAAGCCUGCAGACGUCGUGCUCAGCCUUCCUGCGCGCCAUCUACACAUGAUGAUUGUCGCCGAGAUGCCACCUAUGCCUGAUAUCCUGAAAGCACUGCGCGAAGAUGCUCUCCCACCCGCGGCCGAUGUGGCGGACAAGUCUCAGGACGCGUCUGGCAGCCGUGGGAGCAACCUCAUGCGGGACAUCGCGGGUCGCAGUUUGCCCUUGCUGUUCAUACGGUCAUAUGACGGCGUGGGAUAUCACUCCGGUCGCGUUGUCGCCGCAGACAAUGUCCUCCACGCUAUGGACCUCUCCAACCCAGCAAGACCAGGCGCGGAAGGUGGAGAUUGGCUGGCAGCUGCUCAGGCGGCUGCGAGGCUGUCCGACGACACCAGCAUGCACGGGUGGAACCUGAAGGUGUUGUAGGUUGGUCGCUGCGACCUAUCCGAGUGGGCGCGCGUCUGAGGAAUGCGGCUAUGCAAAGGAUAAUGUACAAUAUAACUCGGCGCUGGGUUGUUGUCGUCGUCUCGCUUCGUCUUGCUUUGCCCGUUGCUUGCUUGUUUCACUCGCUCUCUAGUUAUUUUGAUCCAAUGUACCUGUAUAAUCGCGAGGCUAUCUAUAGUGCC